AUGAAGCUGGUUGUGUUAGCCCUGACUUUGGCCCUUGUGGCGAGUCAACAUGUGAACCUUGCCCCUGAGUUUUCCACCUCCAAGACCUAUGUGUACAAGUAUGAGGCACUGCUUCUGGGCGGCCUUCCUGUGGAAGGACUGGCCAGAGCAGGACUGAAAGUCAGCAGCAAAGUUCUCAUCAGUGCUGUGGCUGAAAACAUCCUCCUGCUGAAGCUCCAAGAUCCUGAGAUCUUUGAGUACAGUGGUGUGUGGCCCAAGGAUCCUUUUGUCCCAGCCACCAAGCUCACCGCAGCCUUGGCUUCUCAGCUCUUGAUCCCCAUCAAGUUUGAGUAUGUCAACGGUGUGGUUGGUAGGGUUUUUGCCCCCGCUGGAGUGUCCCCCACAGUACUGAAUGUGCACAGAGGUAUCCUGAACAUCCUUCAGCUCAACCUGAAGAAGACCCAGAACGUUUAUGAGCUGCAAGAGGCUGGAGCCCAGGGAGUGUGCAAGACCCACUACCUCAUCAACGAGGAUGUCAAGGCUCAGCGCAUUGUUGUCACUAAGUCCAAGGACCUCACCAACUGUCAGGAGAGGAUCAUCAAGGAUUUGGGUCUGGCUUACCUGGAAACCCUGGAAGCAAAGUCUCUGACUGGAGCUGCCACCUACAACUACAUCAUGAAGCCAAGUGUCACCGGUGGUCUGAUCACUGAAGCCACAGUGAGGGAACUUCACCAGGUCACCCCUGUUGCUCAGAUGGGUGGAGUUGCACAGAUGGAAGCCAAACAAUCCCUGAAGUUCCUUGAAAUUGAGAAGACCCCUAUUGUGCCUAUCCACGCUGAAUAUCUGGCCCGCGGAACCAUCCUGUAUGAGUUCGCCACUGAGAUUCUUCAGACUCCAAUUCAGCUCCUCAGAAUUCACAAUGCCCAGGCUCAGGCUAUUGAGAUCCUGAACCAUCUGGUUGCCAACAAUGUGGCUAAGGUCCACGAGGAUGCUCCUCUUAAGUUCAUCCAGUUGAUCCAGGUUUUGCGUGUGGCCACCUUCGAGAACAUUGAGGCCAUCUGGGCUCAGUUCCAUGCCAGGCCUGAAUACAGACGCUGGAUUCUGGACACCAUUCCCGUUGUUGGAACACCAGCUGCUGUGAAGUUCAUCAAGGAGAAGUUCCUGACUGGAGAAAUCAGCCUUCCCGAAACUAUUCAGAUUCUUGUGGCUGCUGUGCAUAUGGUUCCUGCUGAUCUGGAAGUCAUCAGAAUUUUCUCUAGCUUUGCCCUCCACCAUAAGGUUCAGGAACAGCCUGUUCUGCGUGAGAUCGCCAUGUUGGGUUAUGGUACCAUGAUUGCCAAGUACUGUGCUGCCGUUCCCACUUGCCCAGCUGAGCUCCUGAAGCCCAUCCACGACCUUGCUGCUGAGGCCAUUGCUAAGGCUGAUAUUGCUGAGAUCACCCUGCUCCUCAAGGUUCUGGGUAAUGCUGGUCAUCCCGCCAGUCUUAAGCCCAUCAUGAAGCUUUUGCCCGGAUUUGGCUCCGCAGCCGCUGCUCUCCCCAUCAGAGUCCAAGUCGAUGCCAUCCUGGCCCUUAGGACCAUUGCCAAGAGGGAGCCUAAGAUGAUCCAGCCAGUGGCCCUGCAGCUGUUCAUGGACAAGGCUCUUCACCCUGAGCUGCGUAUGGUGGCCGCUGUGGUUCUGUUUGAGACCAGACCCCCAGUCGCACUGGUGUCCACCAUUGCCAACGUUCUGAAGAAGGAGACCAGCAUGCAGAUUGUGAGCUUUGUGUACUCAUACAUCAAAUCCCUCACCAGGAGCACUGCCCCAGACCUUGCCUCCGUUGCUGCUGCCAGCAAUGUUGCCAUCAAGAUCCUGAGCCCCAAGCUGGACAAACUGUGCUUCCGUUACAGCAGAGGCCUCUACGCUGACAUCUUCAGAAGCUCUGCCAUGGCUGGAGCUGCUGGCACUGCCUUCAUCAUCAACGAUGGUGCAACUCUUUUGCCCAGAACUGUUGUGGCCAAGGCCCGUGCCUACCUUGCUGGAGCUGCUGCUGAUCUUAUUGAGGUUGGAGUGAGAACCGAGGGACUUCAGGAGGCUCUUCUGAAAACUCAUGCUCUGGAGGACUUGGAAAAUGAUAGACUUACUAAGAUGCAGCGCGUCAUGAAAGUUCUUGCUGAUUGGAAGACCUUGCCAAAGACCCAGCCUUUGGCAUCCGGUUACAUCAAGUUCCUUGGACAGGAAAUUGCCUUCGCAAACAUUGACAAAGCCCUUGUUGAUAGAGCUGUUCAGCUCGCCCAGACCGUUGAUGCCAAGACCAUGCUGAAGGAUGCCCUGAAGGCACUGCAGACUGGCAUUGCUGCCCACAUCGCUAAGCCUCUGCUGGCUGCUGAGGUUCGUCGCAUCUUCCCCACUGCUGUUGGUGUGCCCAUGGAACUCAGUCUCUACUCUGCUGCUGUUGCUACUGCUGCCGUCAAAGUUAAGGGAAUCAUCACCCCACCUCUGCCUGAACCCCUUAUUGCUGCUGACCUGCUGAAGGCUGACAUUAAGCUGGAGGCUGAGGCCACCCCAAGCAUUGCUGCCGAGACUUAUGCUGUGAUGGGAGUCAACACUGCCCUGAUCCAGGCUGCAGUCAUGGCCCGUGCCAAGGCUGUCACUGUGCUGCCUGCUAAACUGCAGGCCAUCGCUGAUAUCCCCAAGCUCAACUUCAAAAUUGAGGCUCUUCCUGUUCCCGUACCCGAGCACAUUGCUAAAGUCCGUUUUGAGACCCUGGCUAUUGCCCGUAACAUUGAGGACAUCGCAGCUGAGAGGAUCACACCCAUGGUGCCAGUUAUUGCUGCUCAGCGCGUGUCCGCUGAGAGGUUUGCCUCCAAUUCUCGCAGUGCUUCCCUGUCUUCCGAGAUCAUUUACUCCGACGCAGCACCUCAGCUGAGGGCUGGCACACCAAUCCACAAGACCUUCUGCCUCCCAGCUGCUCUCUUGGGUCUCAAGGGAUGCAUCGAACUCACCUCCAGCAAUGCUGCCUUGAUCAAGACUAUUCCACUGCUCAACGUGAUUGGACAGCAUAGUGCCCAGAUUGCUGUGAGACCAGCCGAUGGCCCAGCAAUUGAGAGACUGGAAGUUGAGGUGCAAGUCGGACCCAAGGCUGCCGAGAAGAUCCUGAAGGAAAUCAACAUCAUCGAUGAGGAAAGUCCAGAGGCAAGAGCCAUCAUUGAGCAACUGAAGAAGAUGCUCGAGCCUGCAUUGAAGGCCUCCAGCUCCAGCUCCAGCUCCUCAUCCCGUGCCAGCCAGCUCUCUAGUAGCUCUAGCAGCAGCCUGAUCAGCUCCGCCUGGUUUGGAUCCAGCAGCAUCCUCAGCUCUUCCAGCAGCUCCUCUCGCAUGGAGAAGGUUGCACCCAAGCAAUACCCAUUCAAGAAAUACCACAAGGACCAGUAUCUGAACUCAGCUCAAUUGACCUCAGCUCAACUCAGGAGCAGCGCAAGCCAAAGAGCCAGCUUUGAGGCCAUUUACAAGGAGAACAAGUUCCUUGGCAAUGCUGUGACACCUGUUGUGGUUGCCAUCUUCCGUGCUGUGAGAGCUGACCACAAGCUGCUGGGCUACCAGGCUGCCGCCUACCUUGACAAGGCCAACUGGAGGCUCCAGACCAUCAUCUCUGCUCUGGCUGAGACUGACAACUGGAAGAUGUGUGCUGAUGGUGUUAUCCUGAGCAAGUUCAAAGUCAUGUCAAAGAUUGCCUGGGGUAAAGAGUGCACUGAAUACGCCACCAUCUUGAAGGCCGAGGCUGGCAUUUUCGGUGCUGCCCCUGCUGCCCGUGUGGAGCUUGAAUGGAUUACAAUCCCCGCUAUUGUCACCACCUAUGCAACCAAGCUGAACAAGUACAUUCCUGGUGUUGCUUUGAUGGCUGGAAUCUCAGUGGCCAAGGCCAAGAACAGUGAAAAACAGAUCGAACUGACCGUUGCCAUCCCAACUGAGAAAUCAGUUGACAUCAUUGCAAAACUGCCACUGAUGACUCUUUCCAAGCUGGCCCUGCCUCUGCCUUUUGCCGUGCCCAUAAGCCGCGAAGCCAUCAUCCGUGCAUUCCCAGAGGACAACAUUCUUGACAAUAUGCAGUUCAUGUAUGCUGAGGUUUCCUCAGCUCAAUGUUCCAUGGAGCGCAACAUGCUGACCACCUUCAACAACAGAAGAUACAAGAAUGAGAUGCCAAACUCUUGCUACCAGGUGUUGGCUCAGGACUGCACCAAUGAGCUCAAAUUCAGUGUCCUCCUGAAGAAGGAUCAGCUCACAGAGCAGAACCACAUCAAUGUGAAGAUUGCAGAUCUGGAUGUCGACCUGUACCCCACUGGCUCUGAUGUGCUGGUUAAGAUCAACGGAAUGGAGGUUCCCGUUUCCAGCCUUCCUUACAGACACGCCUCAGGCUCUGUCCAGAUCAGACAGAAAGCUCAAGGCCUGGCACUUCACGCCCCUAAACUGGGUCUUCAGGAGGUUUACUUCAGCAAGGACCAAUGGAGGGUGAAUGUUGUGGACUGGAUGAGAGGCCAGGUUUGUGGUCUCUGUGGAAAGGCUGACGGAGAGACCAGACAGGAAUACUCCACACCAAGUGGCUACCAGACUGAGAGCCCAGUCAGCUUCGCCCACUCCUGGGUGCUCUCUGCCGAGAGCUGCCGCGACAGCACCGAAUGCCGCAUGAAGCUUGAAUCCGUGAAGCUGGAGAAGCAGAUCAAUGUGAACGGACAGGACUCCAAAUGCUACUCUGUCGAGCCCGUGCUGCGCUGUCUGCCUGGAUGCCUCCCACUGAAGACCAUGCCAGUCACCGUUGGAUACCACUGCCUGCCCAUUGAAUCCAGUUCCCUGGACCUGGACAGUAUCAAUGAGAAGAGCGUGGACCUGAGGGAGACAGCAGAGGCCCACAUGGCAUGCCAGUGCAAUGCCCGUUGUGCAUAGAGUACCCUCAUUUCAUUAGUGUUUGAGAUUUGAAUGUGUCCGAUGUUUUCAAAAUUCUGUAA